AUGUCUGCUCCGACAACAAACAGAACCGCCGAGGGCAUCAACGCACUUGAAUUUCUCACCAAACGACAAACCGUCAGAGGUGACUGGACGUGCCAAUUCUUCUUCGAUGGUCCAGGCCAUGACGCUCUCAGAGCCGAUCACGCAGCCUUCAACAGACUGUUUGGCGGCCCUCGCCUUACCGCUCGUGGCGGACAGUGCUAUGUUGGGAGGUGCAACGGACGCGACUUUGCGUGGUGCAACAUUGCUUCAAACACACGUUCUGAGUACUCCAAUCAGAGGAACCUCGUUGCGGAUACAAACCCUUAUAGCGGGAUCAACUGCGUGUAUGACUAUAUGCCUGCUUAUGAUUACUACUGGUGGCGAUGGGAGGGCGCUUUGCGGUUUGAUAACAGUGACAUUCGCAGAUACUGA